UCCGGUGGCAUGGCGCCUACGUCUGCAGGCUGAGCUCAUUGCUGAGAACUGCACUACCUGCCUUGAUUUUAUUACUUCAUGACUUCUACCCGACUCUGCUGCGUAGGAAGGACCGUGAACAACAAUCAAGUCGCACCAUGGUGACGGAACAACAGCAAAAUAUAUUUUCUGAAUAUUAUAUGAAGUCAUGGGUCUGCAGGCUUUGAUGUACUCCAAAGUGAAGAGCAUGGCAAUGGAGCAUAGUAUUCGAUCUAUUCAUAGAUAGAUCUACUUAGUAGGAGGCAGUGACCAUUGAGGAUGUGGCUGUGAACUUUACUUUGGAGGAGUGGGCUUUGCUGAAUCCAUCCCAAAAGAAGCUCUACAGAGAUGUGAUGUUAGAAACACUUAAGAACAUGGCUGCUAUAGAACAAACCUGGACUGACCAGCAAAUUCAAAAAGACAGGAAAUAUUGGAGAAGAAAUCUCAGAAGUGAAGACGUUGAGAUAUGCUACCAAUAUAAAUUAUGGAAACUACAUAGAAUGUUUUCUUGGAGUCCAUAUUGUAAGGCUAACAGAAAAACAAAUGGCACACAACCCACUGAAAGCCUUGCUUCUACAUAUUCCCUGAUUGGGUAUGCAUCAGCAGAUGUGCCCAUGAAAGCUCACAGUGUACUCAAAUCAUAUGACUAUCAGGUAUUUGAGGUGAAGCCUUCUACCUGUAGUGAACUUUGGGAAAACUGCAGUGAUUUCCAGUCCAUUCUGACGCGUGCAACAACAUGCCCUGGAAGGAAACUCUGUGAGUAUAAGCAAUUUGGGAAAUCCUACUCUAACUGCAGUGAAGGACGUCAUACUGGAGAGAAGCCCUUUGUAACUAAAGAAGAAGCUAAAGCAUAUGUAAGGAAGCAGUGUGGGAAAGCUAUCAGCACACACAGUCAUUGUAAAAAACAGGAACAAACUCACAACAGAGAGAAUUCCUAUGUAUGUAAGCAGUGUGGGAAAGCUUUCACCAGUAACAGCCAUUAUAAAAUUCAUGAAAGAACACACACUGGGGAGAGACCCUAUGUAUGUAUGCAGUGUGGGAAUGCCUUUAGCAGAAAGAGUCAUUGUCAAAGACAUGAACGUACUCACACUGGAGAGAAACCAUAUGCAUGUAAGCACUGUGGGAAAGCUUUCAUCACACAAGGUAAUUGUAAAACACAUGAAAGAAUUCACACUGGGGAGAAGCCCUAUGUAUGUAAGCAGUGUGGGAAAGCAUUCAACACUCACAUUUCUCGUCAAACUCACGAAAAAUGUCACACUGCUGAGAAAUCCUAUGUGUGUAAGCACUGUGGGAAAGCUUUUACCACUCACAGUUACUGUCGAAUCCAUGAAAACAUUCACAGUGGGGAGAAACCCUAUGAGUGUAAGUACUGUGGGAAAGUUUUCACCACUCGCUAUUAUUGUCAAACCCAUGAAAGAAUUCACACUGGGGAGAAACUGUAUGUGUGUAAGUACUGCGGGAAAGCUUUCACCGGUAAUAGUCGUCAUAAACAACAUGAAAGAACACACACAGGGGAGAAACCCUAUACAUGUAAGCAGUGUGGAAAAGCAUUCACAACUCAGUAUUAUUGUCAAAUCCAUGAAAAAACUCACACUUUGGAGAAACCCUAUGUGUGUAAGCAGUGUGGAAAAGCAUUUAUGACUCAGUAUUAUUGCAAAAUCCAUGAAAAAGCUCACACUUGGAAGAAACCCUAUGUGUUUAAGCAGUGUGAGAGAGCUUUCACCAGUAAUACCACUUGUAAACUACCUGAAAGCUCACACACUGGCAAGAAGCCCUAUGUAUGUGAGCAGUGUGGGAAAGGAUUUAUCUCAUAUAAAGGUUAUCAAAGCCAUGAAAAAAGUCACUCAUUGUUUGGGAAGAAACCUUACAUAUGUAAGCAGUGUGGAAAAGCAUUUACCAGUCAGAGUUACUGUAAAAUCCAUGAAAGAGCUCACACUGCGGAGAAACCUCAUGUUUGUAAGCAAUGUGGGAAGGCCUUCAUGUCUCACACUCUACUUCAAACACAUGAAAAAUCCCACAAUGGAGAGAAGCCUUAUGUGUGUAAGCAGUGUGGGAAAGCUUUUAGGCAACCCAGUCAGUGUCAAAUCCAUGAAAGAAUUCACACUGGGGAGAAGCCUUAUGUAUGUAAGCAAUGUGGGAAGGCCUUUCCUACUAGUGGUUCAUUCGGUAGACACAAAAUGUGUCACACUGGGGAGAAGCCUUACGUGUGUAAGCAGUGUGGGAAAGCGUUUCCUUACCACAGUUCAUUUUAUAAACAUAAAAGAAGGCACAAUUGUAAAAAUCCUGUGUGUGUAAGCAGUGAGUGAAACCUGUCUCCAUUCACAGUGAGUUUCAAAGACGUAAAAGAUUUCACUCUGGGGAAAACCGUAUGUAUGUAAGCAAUGUGGGAAAGCAUUCAGUGUACACAGGUAUUUUCAAAUACAUGAAAGAAGUCGCACUAAGGAGCAACCAUAUAUAUGUAAUACGGAAAAUCACUCAGUUAUCCCAGUUAUGAUAGAUAGUAAAGUCACAGGAGUAUAUUAACUGUGAAUACAUACUACAACACUGUUAGGAAAGGAUUCACAGUGGAGACAAACUCUUUAUUAAGAAUAAGGAAAAUCUUCAGUAACACAGCCAUCAUUACAUACAUGGAAGAAACCAUAGUGGAGAAAAUCUGAACACCCCUUACCUUAAAUACCUGAAGGAACUCACUGGAGAGAAACCCUAUGUAGAACAUGUGAGAAAGCAUUUUGUGUUUCCCACAACCUCAGAAGACAUGAACAAAUUCCAAUUUAGAGUAAGUUUAAAGAAUGUGAGAGCUCUUCAUUUAUACAUGAUUUUUUUAUACAAACCUUGCAUUGUAGACACACCUAUAUCAGUGUAUAUUGUGUGGAACAACUAUAGUCAUUUAGAUUUCUCAACAUGUAUAUUUUGUGGGAACACCUCUCUUCAUUUUGAUUUUAUUCAUAUUACAAAUCAACACAGUACAAUGAGAAGCCACCUGUGUACAGGAUGUACACAGGUAAUAAAACAGAUUUGAUCAAAGCCCUUUGAGUGUGAAAAGUUCUCAGUUAUGUCAUUAUCAAAAUUUUUUGAACAUUACUCAUGUAAUACAAACUUUCACAGGUAAUAUGAAAAUGUGAUGUUCAUUAUUUCUGUGUAGAAUUCUGCAGAAAGCAUACAAUCAAAGGGGUAUCCUAAAGGAUAGGUGUAGAGUGGUCAUCUGUAACUCAUUCUUUUUUUUUAUUUUGAGCAAUACUUAUUGGGGUGUUUCUCAUAAGGCUAUGGAGAUUAUUGGGCCUUCCCAUUUAUGAACAAGGCCUGGAAGAGUGUUUCAUGGCAGCUGCUUCCUUAUUCAUCAGCUGGAGUCCUGUCCAACAGUUUCUUCUCACAGCAAGGGAUUUUUGUGUAAUUACCUUCAUAAAUUUGUAUAGUCCAUAAAAGUACAAUCUCAGUAUUUAGCACAUUAGAUUUGACAAUGAGGGACCCUCAAGUCAUAAUACAUAGACAAUAAUACAUAUAACAUUUAUAACACAAAUUUUGACAUCAUUUUGACCAGCUGGUAACCUUGGCGGAAGUACAUCCUUAAUUUUAUAUGACAUUCAUCUACAAGCCAAAUUAAAUUACAGGCAAAUGCUUUAAAAAUACAAAAAGAAGGAAAAAUCAUUGAACUCAAAUAAAGCAGCUGUUUAUAGAUUGGACAAAGUGACAAAGACACACAAAAGACAAUUUGCUUAUAAAAUUAGAGUGCACUGAAAUAUAUUUUUGUCAAAUUGAAUUAUAAUACAUUUUUUAAGUUUGUGAUUAUACAAAGACAUCAGAAUUUUUUAUAUGUCAAUUAGUGAAGAUCUCUCAUAAGAAUUAAAAAAAAUAAAAACCUUUUACCUAAUUUAGGGCCAAUAGUUCAUGCAGUAGUGUCUGGUUCAUGAUAAACCUUAGGUGCAAAAUCUGCCCAAGUAAUGGUGGAUUAGGAGCAUAAGUCCAAUAAUCCUCUCUUGAAACAGGUGUUACACAUGGGAUAUUGUCAGGGAGCCAUUGAGGCAAUCAAAGGAUUUUCAGGGCUUGGUGGUAGAUUGCCUGUCUGAUUGGCAAGUCCCUGGGCACAAGCCUCAUGGUACGGGCUCUUUCUCUGGAGGGCUUGGAUCAGUGGAGCCCUCACAAGGGACUGUCUCCAUGGUCGGUCGCGUUUCUUGCCAAAGUCGUACAUUCCUGGAAGCAGCCACCGUGUGGACCUGCUAGGACAGAAGCUUAACCUCUUCCCCAUGUGAUUAGCUGGACUGGUCCUUCCCAUUUCCCUUGAUGUCCUUCCAAAGCACUCGAGCCCUGUGUUGGGCAUCACCGUGGGAUGUUGACCAGUGAAGUUCCACAGGCGUCAAUUUACUGUCUGCAGCUGGAUUGAAAAGGUUUAGAGUAGAAAUGGGUAAAUCUAACUGUGCUUGUGGGAAUACCUGUACUUUCUCUUUUUGUUUUUGUAACUGAGUUUUAAGUGAUAGGUGUAUUCUUUCUAUAAUCGCUUGUCCUUGAGGGUAGUAAGGGAUUCCUGUAAUGUGUUUAAUGUGCCAUAGUUGAAAAAGGACUGUAAUGGUUUACUAAUGUAUGAAGGCCCAUUGUCAGUCUUUAUGGUGCGUGGAACACCCAUAGAAGCAAAAUGCUGACAAGCAAUGUUGCUGAACAUGGCCAAUUUUUUCUCCUGUGUGACAAAUUGCAUGAAUUAAAUGAGAAUAUAUAUCAACAGAUACAAGAAUAUAUUGUAGUUUGCCAAAAGAGGAAAGAUGUGUAAUAUCCAUUUGCCAAAUAUUAUGUUUUAAGCCUCUGGGGUUAUCGCACUCCUGUGGCACAGGCCUAGGAACCUUUUGACAAGUAGGGCAGGACAGAACAAUUUGUCUUGCUUGCAACCUGGAUAAUUGAAAUCCUUUGGGUAAAGCCUUACUAUUUGGUGAUGGUAUGAAUGAGAUCGUCUAGCUGUAUCAAAUGGAGUAGUAAAAGUGAUUAAUGAAUCAGCUUGCUGAUUCUCAUAUGUUAAAAAUCCAAGUAAAUUAAAAUGAGAUCUUAUGUGACCAGUAUAGAAGGGUGCUUACUGAUCAUGAAUUUUCUUUUGUAGUCUGAAAAAUAAAUGAAAGUGGAUCUAAAGCUGAAUAUAGGGUUGCACUCUUAAAUCUCUGAGUGAGGUAGAGUGCAUAGGCUGAAUCACUAAUUAUGUUAAUAGGUUUAGAGUUAAACUGUUGUAUGACAAGUAAAAUACCUGUAACUUCAGAUCUUUGUGCAGAGACUCCUGGAGACUCUCUUACCUGUUGAUAAUCCCGACUCCAAAUGGCGGCCUUGCCCUUUGAUGAACCAUCAGUAAAAUAGAUUACUGCAUCACAAAUAGGUUCAAA